GUAUCUAUGAUGAGACUAUCGAAGGUGUCGCCCAAGAAAUGUUUUUUUCUCGUUUUAUGUUUCGCCGUACUGAUACUAUUAGUGUUUAAUCUAAGAGACAAGGAUUGGAGCUCUAAAUCGCCACAUGUGCUAUAUGCGAGGGAAGAAUACCAGCUAGAUGAAAGUAGCGUACGACAUGAGGCGCUAUCGGUCACAACGGUGGAAACCGUAGACGCAGCCGUUGGGGGUGAACAGGAGAACGAUAUCACCGACUACGGGAAAUCCCGAUCGGACGAGCGUGCGAAGGACACGUUUACCGCGAGUGAUCUGCCGUGGUACUUCUCGCAGGGCAUGCGAUAUCCCAAACCGGCACGGCGCAACCGGAAGACCAACAAACGGGUCGCUCGGCUGCUGCCAAGCGAAACGUCCCGUGGAGACCGCAUUAGCAACCAGCUCAUGUUUGUACCCCCGAACUAUGAGACAAUCAAGCGAAAGGGCAAACUGAAAACGAUCCUGCUGUACAACGGGUUGAGCCCGUGGAACGUAAAAGCCGGCCGGGAUGUGUUCCUCAGCUCGAAGUGUCCCGUUUCCACGUGCAGCAUAACGGCCCACCGGGAGAAAGCCUCCACGGCCGAUUUGGUGCUGUACAAGGAUCACUACAUCCCGCCAUCCGUUCCACGAUCGUCCUACCAGAUCUACAUGAUGUACUUCCUGGAAUGUCCGUACCACACGCAGCACGUGAAGUACCCGGACGUGUUUAACUGGACCGCGACGUACAGAAAAGACAGUGAUAUUGUGGCCCCGUACGAGAAGUGGGAAUACUUUGACCCACGUAUCAGGCAGGUGGAGCAGGACCGGAACUAUGCGCUCAACAAGACGCGCAAAGUGGCCUGGUUUGUUUCAAACUGUGGCGCACGCAAUGGACGCCUUCAAUACGCGCAUGAGCUACAGAAAUAUAUCCAGGUCGAUAUUUAUGGUGCCUGUGGAACGUUCAAGUGCUCGCGAAGUACCGCGGAGCGCUGCUUCGAGAUACUGGACCGUGACUACAAGUUUUAUCUCGCCUUCGAAAAUUCCAACUGCAAGGACUACAUCACGGAGAAGUUCUUCGUCAAUGCCUUAACACGCAAUGUGCUGCCGAUCGUGAUGGGUGCUCGGCCGGAGGACUACGAGGCCAGUUCGCCUCAGAAGUCCUACAUCCACGUGGACGAGUUCGGCUCCCCCAAGGAGCUGGCUGAGUAUCUGCAUCUGCUCGACCGCAAUGACGAGCUAUACAACUCGUACUUCAAGUGGAAAGGUACGGGAGAGUUCAUCAACACCUACUAUUGGUGUCGGGUGUGUGCGAUGCUACACGACGAGGCCUCCUUCCGGAAACCAAAAUCGUACGAUGACGUCAACGAAUGGUGGCGCGGACCGGGCGUCUGUACCAACGGGUCCUGGCGCAACUACCGAGCGCGCAAUCCAGAGAAACCCGUUGCAGACAGUCGAUGA